AUCAUGUGUACCUUGAUUCCUUUUAUUGCAAUGAACAUAUAUUGUUUGUGUUCCCACUUCCCAGAAGACACAAACCUUAAAUGUUUGUUGCUUCCUAGGCUUAAAGUUAACGCCUUUGGGAUUCUCAAGGAUGGGAUUCUCAGUGGCAGCUUCGUGGGGUUCCCAUAUUGUGCUGAGAGACACUCGUGCAACAAUCAAGUGCCAAUCAUUUUGCACAACAGAACUCAAUCAUAGGAUUGGCUUCAAAAGCUCAAAGCAAAAGACCCUUCAAAGAGCAAUUUUUCUAAGCAAGCAUGAGUCAAUUGAAUUGGAUGAGAGGAAGAGCCCAGAUGAGGUUCGAGAAGAGAUUAAAAAAUGUUAUGAACUCAUAAACAGAUUAGGGAGAGGAGUUGUGUAUCUGGGUUCUUCAAGGAUGGGAUCUGACCAUUCCCAUUACGUACUAGCACAAGGGCUGGCUAAAGAUAUAGCAAAUCUUUUGGAUUGCACUUCUUGGUCAGGGGCUGGACCAGGGCUAAUGGAUGCUGUUACUCAAGGCGCUAUGCUAGCUGGAAAGCCAGUUGGCGGAUUGAAGAUAGGAAAAGAAGCUAUGGAAUGGACAGCAUCCUCCUUUCAUCCAUACUUACCAUCAGAAAAUUACCUCACCUGCAGGUUUUUCUCUGCAAGGAAGCAUGGUCUGGUGGAUGCUGUAGUGCGGAACGAUUCCUUUGAUAGGACUGCUGUUGUUGCCCUUCCUGGUGGAAUUGGUACUCUAGAUGAGAUGUUUGAGAUACUGGCAUUAAUUCAACUAGAACGGAUUGGAUCAAAGUUUCCUGUUCCCUUCCUGUUGAUGAACUAUGAUUCAUUUUAUUCAAAGCUUCUUGACUUUUUAAAUGAUUGUGAAGGUUGGGGAACUGUCUCUGAUGGCGAGGUUGAAUCACUGUGGAAGGUUUGUAACAGCAACUCAGAAGCUUUGGAUUACCUGACAGAUUUCUAUUGCAUUUCAUCUAGUGACAGAGAGAAGAAUGUGACUAAAUAUAGCACAUAUGAAUCUCCCUCCUUAUAGAAAUUUUGCUCUCCCUUUUUCUGAAUAUGUUAUUACUUUCUCUGAAAAGCUUGAACCGAAGAAUAUUCUCCUCAAUUAUUGCAAUCUUUCCAGUU